AUGACCGGAAGCAGCAGCAGCAGCAGUAGCAGCAAGGGCGUCGUCAAGCGCAAGCGCGUGGUGCUCUCCAUCCACGACAAACAGCAGGUGCUCCAGCGUCUCGACAACGGGGCACAGCCGCUCGCUCUGGCUCAGGACUUUGGCAUCAGUCGACAGCAAGUGUCGGAUAUUAAGAAAAAUCGGGCUCGGAUUUUAUCCUUUUGCGGACAGGUCAAGUGCCUGUCGAAGCUCAAGCGCAAGACGCUCACGGCCUCGCCCGUUCCGUACCCAGGCGUCGAGCAGGAGCUCUAUCGCUGGCUCGUGCGGCAGCGGACGUUGGCUCGGCACGUGUCGAGGGACGCACUUAAGGCGAAGACCACGAACCUGUUUCGACAGUACGCGGCCGAUACGACGAGACCGUCGAUUUCUACGAUGACGUCGUGGCUCGGACGGUUUCGAAAAGCCUACGGGCUGCAGCUGCUCUCGGACAGGGAGCUGCAGCAGUUGCCCGAGCAGUUUACAUCAGUGAUGGGGACCACGGAAGGUACGGGUGGAGAUGGAGAAGCUGCAGGAAGGCUGGAUGCAGUAUCUGUGCAGGUGGAUGGACAGGGGCUCCUGUCUCGUUGGCAUAAGGUGGAAAAAGAGGGGGAUGAAAAUGGACGGGACUGGAUGCGGCCUUCUUCGGUCGUGUCGUUGCAGACGACUGUGGACACGCUGCAACAACUGAAUCGUCAAUUGACGAGGUUUGAACGGGAGAUGGCGGUGAAGCUCGAUUACCUGGAUGAACGCGUCGUUAAGUUGUGCUACUUUGUCUUACCGUCGCCGCAGUGGAAUUAUCGGUAG